AUGUCGACCUCAAGCAAGCGCACCUUCGACGUGCUCGAAAGCUCCACCGGCGACUCCGCGCUGCAAGGACGCCUAGUCCCUUCUGGCUCGACCACCGUUGAGCCUUGGAAGACGGUCCGGUCGGAUUGCUCCUCGCUCUCGUGGGACUCGGAUCUGUCGCCGCCGCCACCCUUGCCGAUGGAGCUUCCGAGGGACCCUGAGCAGCACCUGCAACAGCAGCACCAGGAGAAGCGGCCAAAGAGGAGAGGCAGGAUCAGCACUCGACCCCAGCCUCCGUUUGUAUGCUUCUGCGGAAAGCAGUUCAAGAGGCAUGAGCACAUGUCGAGGCACAAGGCUACGCACAGCGACGACCUCAAGUAUGAAUGCCCCAUCUGUGGCAAAGGCUUCCGCAGGCAGGACGUCAUGCACCGCCACACUCAGACGCACUCGCGCACCAACUCGAACCACGCGCCGAGGCGCAAGGCGGCCAAGGUGCUGACCGACCAGACCCACAGGCAGACGGCGGCGCUCUCGAGGGCGGACCGCGCCUGCGUGCCAUGCAAGCGCGCCAAGCUGCGGUGCGACGGCCAGUUCCCGUGCUCGCGAUGCGUGUGCCACCCGAACAAGGACUGUCACUAUCAACACGGCCAUGCAUUGACGUCGGCGUCGGCGUCGCCGUCCGGCUCGUCGCUCAGCAGCGCGCUCCAGUCAAGCCCAGCCGACUACGACCAACCGCUGCUCCUGCCACCUCCGAUGUCGCACAGCGGCUACCCGCACCUCUACCACGACAACGGCAGCAUGACCCGUUACAUGAGCGAAGACGCCUCAAUGCCUUCGGCGUCGACCUCAAUGCCGGCGCCUGCCUUUGCUCCCAUCCCGAGCUGGGCCUUUGCUGGUUUCUGCGACCCAGAACGCGGUUUCACUCGAGAGCACGAGAGGGCCGCGUCGGUGCCUCAGCAUCCCUCUGGCCCGGAUGCGUUCGACAGGUGCUACGUGCCGACGCAGCCGUACGGUGCCCUUGACGGCAACAGUGGCGGACUCGGCCUGACGUCGAACCCGCCUCCGUCGUCGCUCACUUGGACGGCCAGGGGUUCAUGGGACAAUUCGUCAUCGCAGCACAACGAGCACACGUACAGCAGCAGUCACGGUGUCGAUGGUCACGGCGGUCUCGUGUCGAUGUCGAUGGGACACAGCGGUCGCGGCGCCUUUGAGCAGCAACACCAGCACUGGAACACGCUCAGCGAGACCGCGGCAGUCUCAGAGGCGGGCACGCUUUCGGCUUCCGACCGUUCCUGCUCGACCUCGCCGUUCUUCGUUGGCGGGCGCGCUUCCCCGCCGCCGCCUCCGCCGCCUCCGGCGUACCUGUCGAUGUGCCAGGGCGACGUCAAGAGCGAGGCGCCUUACUCUUCGCUGCAUUCGAGCGCCGACACGCCCUUCUACCACUUCAGCUCUGCCGUCGCGGCUCCGACGCCGUUUUCCUCGGCCUCUUUCACUGCAUAG